CCUGGGCUCGCCGUCUGCGCCGGACCGGUUGGGAGGGGAGACCGCGUCGUGUGCUACGUGCAAAAAUUGUGUAAAAAAAAAAAGGCGAUCGGACGCGGUGGAGGGACCCGAUAGAGCCGUGCAAAGGCGAAAGGAGGCGCUACGGCUCGGCGCCUUUCGAAGAAGAGGCGUUUCUGCAUUUAUACACCAAUGAAGCGGACGAGCUAUUUAAUUCAUCCGUGCAGAGGAAAGCAGCCGCAUACCGUGCGUACUUGCGUUUAGGUCACAUCUUUGCAGUAUAGUUGGAUGGACUGUAUAUUUUAGGCUUAAAAUACAUGUAAUCACACUGAACUGAUACGUGUGACGAUCGGGGGAUUAUAACUGGAGCCUGGAUACCGCGAAUAUCUAUGAGCUCCGACUCUCUUCACUACAGCUUCAGGAUGCCGAAUAUAGGAUUCCAGAACCUUCCGCUGAAUAUCUACAUCGUGGUGUUCGGGACGGCCAUUUUCGUCUUCAUUCUCAGUCUGCUCUUCUGCUGCUACCUGAUAAAGUUAAGGCACCAGGCACACAAGGAGCUAUACGCAUACAAACAGGUCAUACAGAAGGAAAAGGUGAAAGAACUAAAUCUGCAUGAGAUAUGCGCCGUGUGCCUGGAGGAGUUCAAGCAAAAGGACGAGCUGGGGAUCUGUCCGUGCAAGCACGCCUUUCACAGGAAGUGCCUCAUCAAGUGGCUGGAGGUUCGGAAGGUUUGCCCCCUCUGCAACACGCCCGUCCUGCAGCUGGCCCAGCAACAGGGCCCCCCCGAGCCCCAGGGACCCCCGCAGCAGCCUUUACCGGGCGUGGAGAACCUUGUGUAGUGCCCCCUACAGUACAGGUACACUCCUCUGUAGCAGAGGACAGGAAAUCCUUCACUAUGCAGCCGGCCACGACCUGUGACUCCCUCGCUAGCCCCUCCCUCCCUCGCCUCUGCAGACUCCUCACGGAUCUCAUUUUUAUUUUCCCGUCCCACAUGAUGAAUGAUUUCAGAGUUUCUUCGAGCAAAAGCCUGGACUGUUUCACAACCAAAGCACUUUGUUUUUAUUUUUUUUUUGUUUGUUAUUUUUUUCUGGAGACACCAGCACAAGGAAGGACGAUGAACGAAACAAGCGAAAUGGUCGAAUGAACGUCAACAGGAAUGGCUGAUUUGUUUGUUUGUCUGUUUGUUUUGAAAGCAAGCACUUUAAGACACUAAUCGCUUGUGAAGACUGUAACGAAAUCACAUUCUAUUUUACUUCAGUGAUUAAUUUUUUUUAAUCGUAGCUAGACGAGUACAGACGCACGUCCGUUUCGUUUUCUCUCUAAAAGGGACAAAGGCCUUUUCAAGGAUGGCAACGAAGGUGGACGUUGAUGCUCAUAGCGACCUGCGAAUGUCUCCUGCUUUCCUUCAUGGUCAAACCUCUGUCCCAUUAACUCCCCUGAGCAAUGUGAAGCACCUCCCCUUUGCAUCGGGUCCCAGUGGCUAUCAUCAGCUCUGCCUCUGACGUACGACCCCUGCGCUAAAUGCCACCCAGCUCUCCCUUCCCCUCCGGCAACCUAACCCACGUUUACGCAAACGGGUUUUUCAGCACCGGAGGCGUUCAGCCAGUUCCUUUCAGGAAUUAAGACUCGAGCCAUAUUUUCGGAGGGAAUUGUGCAGCCCGCUAGCUGACAUUACAGCCCUUGUGCAGAAAGGGCAUCCACUCUUUAGCUCUUAUUAUUCUGGCACACCUUAUAGGAAUUCAAAUCCAGAUCUUAACGCACAGUCAGUCCCAGUAAAAGGGAAACCGUCAAAUUUCUACUUAAGCACUUUGAGAUCUUAAGCAUAAAUGGCAAUGUUUUUUAAGUCAGUUUGCACUUUCCAGUUUUUUUCCCUCUUUUUGAAACAGUAUUUAGCGUAACAAGCAGGGUAAUGAGCAUUUCUGUCAGUUUUUCACAACUGUCAAAACCCCUCUGAUUCCACAAGGCUGCUGCCCUGCUGGCCGGUGCCGUGAUGGCAAGCUUGUGUUUGUAAGACGCGACCCUUGUAGUGCAGUCAGCAAUGUCCUGUGCAAGCCAGCUAUAAAGCGGGGAAACCAGAUGUCCCAUUGGCUGCAGGUGGGGCUCGGAACAGCCAAUCGCAAGCCAUGACUCAUUACAUAACCUUAAAAAAAAACAAAACACACAACUGGACAGUGCCCAGCACAUAAAUGUUUUGGCGACACACUAUGAUUGGGGCGCAGUGUUUUCAGCAUGGGCUGGGCCCUCUACUCUGGAGAGAGACAGCACAGAAUUGUAACGUUAAUCAGCAUAGCUUAUGUCCCAAUACUGCUGCCCCAACUCACUGCCUGCGAGGUCAUUUCCCCCAAAAUUUUGUGUGAUCAUCGGCACAGUGCGGGAGGAAAUCUAGCACCCAGCCCCCAAGUUUCACAUUUGCUCAUCAUCCCGAGCUGUGAAAAUGGAACACGCACACACGCACACUGAUUGUAUCCACUCCACUGCUUUCAUUUUAUUGGCUUGCAACUGGGCCCAGCUCCCAGGCUGUUGGGUGGUGUGGUAGCCAACUUUAUUGCUAAGCGGCUCCACCCCUCCCCACCCAGAAAGAAAGAAGGCCUUAUUCUGGAUGUUUCUUCCCUCUCCAUUCCCCCGCAAAAUGUCCAUUGUGUACAUACCACCCCCCCCCCCCCCCCCCCCCCCCGAGCAUCAUGGGAAGUGGUCAGAUAAUACUCCUGACCACACUCUACCUUUACCUUCCCCCACCAGAAAGCCUGCACACACAUACCCACCAGUAUAAAAACACGACAGUGAUUGGUUACCUGCUACCCGGUCUGUCCAAUCGGAUGCUUUACUUGCCGUCUUGAUUAUACCCUGUCUAGUGUGCAUGUGUAAGGAGUUAGGGAGUGAAGACGUAAAAACACAAAAAAUUUGACUUGGGGUGGCCUUUCUCUUACAUUUUUCUUCAUAAGUUGUUCUGGGUGCCUUGUGACUUCAUUUUGAGACCAAUUACCGUCACCUUGAGGAGAAAAAAAAAAAAGAGACAUCAUUGUAUCUGUCCUCUUUCUUCAAUGGUC